UGGAUGAAUUUACAGAUGAAGAACAUCAAUGAUAUUGCAAAAAUUGUUUCAGCAUGGAGCUGCUAUGGUUGAAGUACUUCUUUUUAUGCCGGUGUGUGAAUUAUUAUGGAAGGAAGAAAAAACUUCAAUUGAAGAAGAUUUGGAAGUCUUAAUUCAACUGAACAAAAGCAAUAUUGGGCAGAAGGGAAAAAUAGAAAGGCCUUCCUUGCCAAGUGACUAUAUCGGUUAGAUACUUGAUGCGUAUAGCUAUUGAACUGGGCCAAAAUUGCUUAAAGAAGAAAAGCCUUUCGUGCAAUGCUUUUUGAGUGGCUGAGACUGGCAUCUUGUGGAAAAUUGUAAGAAAAUUAAAGACCUGAGGCGCCCAUUAAUGAGCAUAUGAUGUAAUCAUGCAAGUGAUAUAUUACGAUUUUAAAGGAAAAUAUUAGGUAUGUAUCGGGCUGCAUUUGUGCGUGCUUAUGGACCAUGCAAAAGGUUGAUAUUAUUGAUGAUUUUAGAGAAUAAUUUGGGAAUUUUAUUUUGCUUUUGUGAAUGGUUAGCAUGGACUUAGAUAAUGCUGGUUAAAAUCUUUUCUGGGUGCCAGAGUGAGGAAUAGGUUCGAAGGGACGUAGCAACCCAGAACUCUACUGCAGAUGGGGCUUGUCAGUUCUCGAAAGGGCACGUUAUCUGAAAUAAGCAUGCGGCCAUUGCUCCACAGGGACCCUGUUGGAUUUGUUUCUUUCCUGUGAUUUUUUUUUAAUGGCCACCCAAUGGCUCAAGGCAAUCAAGAUUCAAGCUGCUGAAUUGAACCCAAGGAAGGGGAGACCUGUAUAUGGAAAUUGGAGAGUAGACGGAAAAAAAUUCCAGUCCCAAAGUUUAUUGGGCCAAAGCCCAAUGAAAGCACAGGCCCAUAAUGGGCGAUGGAACAUUCCAUAUUCCUAGGGUCAAAACAUAACAUGCAGACAGAGACAAUUGAAGAAAGUCAGGACUCAGGGGCGUUUCCGUCAAUACACAAGAUACAUUGGGCCAAUUUGAUACUUCAGAAACUUUCAAAUGUCUGUCAGCCAAACCAGGUCCCGCAAAACAUUUUAAAAACCCUCUCUCUCUCUCUCUCUCUCUCUCUCUCUCUCUGGUUUGCCGUUGCGCAAAAUAACUGAGCCUUUGCAGGAAGCCGCCAAAUUCGCUUUUUCUUCACAACCAGUAGGGGUCAGCAGCACGUCUCUCUCUCUCUCUCCCCACCCCCCCCUAAAUAUAGACGAUAUACAGAUGGAGAAUUGUCGGUUCAAGAUGCUACCUUCCAAACCCAGACUUCUAGCGGGAUGUGGAUCUGGGUCUCCUGAUGUUGUGAAAAAUUCUAUCUCUGCAUCAAAAUAUAGAUUUAUUUUAUCUAAAUCUAUCAGGGGUAAGCCCUCAAAAGCUGCAAAACUGCCUGAGAAAGGGAUUGUGGAAGCAUCAAAGAUGGAGCAGCGCAUGGAUCACCUUCAGGAAGAGUUGAAGGCGGCCAAAGAACGACUGAGUGCAACGGAGGAAGAGAGAGAUCGGGCACUCGAUGAGCUUAGAGAGAUGAAAAAGGUGGCUGACGAAGCCAACAUGACGCUUAGUGAAGCAUUACCUUCACGUAAGGCUGGAGAAAUAUAUAUGGAGCUCAAUGCGGUGAAGAAAUCACUCUCUGAUGCAAGUCAAGAAUUGAGGAUCAAGGAAAAGAAUAUCGAAUCUCUAAAACUUGAACUUGAAAAGGCUAGACAAUUGGGGCUGAAAUUAUCAGACAAAGAUGCCUCAUCGGAUAAGCUAAAAGAGGAGUCGAACGAUGCAAAAUCCUCAGAGACUUGCACAGUGGGUUUAUUGUCUGAAUAUAAGAAGAGAAUUCGAGAACUAGAAGUUGAAAUAGGGAAAGGAAAGGAAUCAGAAGCAAAAAUGUUCAAUUCAUUUGUCACACAAACAAAGCAACUUGAGGAAACCAAGAUUGCGCUUGAAGAAUCCAAGCUUGAAAUUACUUCACUUCAUGAGAAACUGGAAAGGUUGGAGGGUGAGCAAAGUAGCAGAAGUCCUAAUGCAUCCCAUAGUGUGAAUUCCGUGAAAGAAGCAUUAGAAAGUCUAAGAUCUGAGCUUCAAUUGACAAAAGAAAAUCUCACUCAUGCCCAAGAAGGUGAGAAACUUGCCUCUUUGAAGGCCCAAAGUUUACUUGAGGAGAUGGGUUUUCUUAAAAAUGAGUUGAGAUCUGCUAUUGAGGCAGAAGAGAAGAGCAACAAGGCCAUGGAUGAUCUGGCAUUAGCACUCAAAGAGGUUGCAAUGGAAGCUAACCAGGUGAAGGAGAAACUUAGCAUUGCCCAGGUGGAACUAGAGCAUGCCAAAGGGGAGGCUGAUCAAUCAAAGGUUUUGCUAAAUAGCAGUGAGGGUAAGUAUCAAGAACUCUUGAAUGAAACAAAUACAGAAUCUGAGCGGUUAAAAAAUACUGUUGAGAGACUCAGAGUAGAAGCAGAGGAGUCGCUUUUGGCAUGGAAUGAGAAAGAGAUUGGGUUCGUCAGUUGCAUAAAAAGAGCUGAAGAGGAAAGGACUGCUGCGCAACAGGAGUACAAUAGACUGCUCGAAUCAAUAAAAGCCUCUGAGAAUAAGACUAUGUCAUCGAGAGAGGAGAAUCACAAAUUGAGGGAUAUAUUGAAACAGGCCUUGAAUGAGGCUACUGCUGCAAAAGAAGCCGCAGGGAUUGCUACGGCUGAAAAUUCUCAGCUCAAGGAUUGUUUAGCUGAAAAGGACAAUGCUUUAGAUAUUCUUACCCGGCAUAAUGAGAGCCUUAGAAUCAAUGAAGCUGCAGCUCUUGAGAAUGUUAAAGAGUUGAAGCGGUUGCUUUCUACAUCCUCAGCAAGAGAGUUGAGGACUAAUAACGAAGAGUUUGGAGGGAUAUUCAGAAUGCACAAUCCGGCGCUUAAGGUGCAUAAAGGUGACAAGAAACUGAACAAAGCUUUCAGUUUUGAUCUUAAGGACCUUAGAGUUCCAAAUAGAAACAAGGAUGUUAAUGAGGACCCUAAGAAGGCUGAUGCACUCAAGGGCUCAAUAUUUGAUACGGUAGAGUCACCGAAAUCAGAAACCCAUCACCGAAAAGGGUCCUCUUCUACAUUCACAGAUGAUGGAGAAACAAUCAAUUCAGACGACUAUGAUCAUCUGAGUGGGACUUAUGCUGAUGAUAUGGAGAAUGAUCGAAACUCACAAAGAAAAAAGGUGGCUUUACUGCGAAGAUUUGGAAAUCUUAUAAGGAGGGGUAGUUUCCACAAAAAGGAACCAUCUAUGGAAUAAGUCCUUGCCCUGGUUUUAUUUUUUAUUUUUUCCCUUUUGUUUGUGUAGUUUUGGUCUGAAGUUACGAUGUUCUAUCCAGAUUUUGAGUUGUAGAUUAAUUUUUCGCUAUGCUCCAUGCCAUCCAAUAUACUGUUUAUUUCUUUUCA